CUACAGCUGGAUCAGUUUUCCGAUAUUAAGGCGCGGAAGAUCGACAUGGACGAAAAGAUGGCAUUGAUUAAGAAAGAUAUUUCAAACGAAAAACUGAACAAGAAGGAGCUCUAUGUCCUUGACAUAAGAUUUAUCUUAGAAAAGGAGAGUCUUAUGCAAGAACUGGAGCGGAAGAAAAUCCACCUACUGAACGUCUUCAACGCGGCCUCAGACAAGAGACUGCGAGAGAAUGAGCACAACUCUCUCACCAGAAAUAUCGAUCUCAGUCUGCAGUUCCAGGGCCUGGGUGCCCGGGUCAAUGGCCUGAUGGCAAAACAAGAUAGUCUGCAGGUCGAACAACAGGAGCUCGCCAGAAAUGUGGGACUUACGGAUGAAGUGAAUGCGAUUUUUGAGAAGAAAUCCAGGGACGCGAUUAAAGUACGUUCAGGCCGGCCCAAAUUCUCAUGA